UCCCUCGGGGAGGCCCGGGGAGGGCCCUGGGGACCCGCGGGGAGCCCGGGGCUUGCGCUCGGGUCCCCGCAUCUGGAGCCCGCGGCCGCCCGCUGUUCCUAAGGCUGGUCGCCUGGAGCCCGAGGGGGCGAGGGGUGCAGGAUGGACAAGAAGGCCAAGGCCAAGGCAGGGGCCGUCGCGCAGACGCCCGCGUCUCGCCCUCCUGGCCUUCCGACCCCCAGGCCCCCAGGGGCUCCACGACCCCUUCCCCCAGUAACCCCUGCAGCGCUCCGAGUUCUGGGAGCAGCGGGGCGAAGGCCUCAGGGGGGCACCGCGGGAGCCACUGUUUCGGAGGCUGCAUCCCGAGGAGGACCACCGCGGAGUGCUGGGACAGGUCCCCGGAACCCAGCCACCAGGCCUCCGGCAGCUGGGAGAGGGGAGCGGGCCCCAGCCAAGACUCCCAGCCUGGCCUCUCUCUCUAGCCCGGGGCGUGCCAGCGGGACCACCAGGCCAGGCCCUCUUGGCCAGAAGGGACCCCGGCCCCCAGCGGAGGAACCUGUGGCCAAAGGAAAAGCCCCGGAAGCUCCCAGAAAGAGCACCCUGAGCACUGGGGCACGGAGAGACUCUUCCGGGCCUGCCCCAGGCACUUCCUCCCCAGCCACGGCCCGUAGGUCCCGGGCUGGGGGCGCCGAGGUGGGACUUCCCAGGCCAGCGCCAAGUGCCCGGCCGCGGCCCCCGUCCGAGGCCUCCAGGAAAUCAGCGAGCAGCGCCUCGGAGCACAGCACCGCGGAGCAGAGCCCAGCUGCCAGGAGGCGGCCCAGCGCGGGCGGGGGCCUCCAGAAGCCGGCCUCGCGCCCCUUGGGCUCCAGCGCCACCCCUCAGUCCUCCCCAGCCCGCUCUGGGGCCUCAGCCCGUGGAACACCCCGGGCUCCUACGCAGCCCUUGCAGCCCAAGUCGAAAGGCCUGCAGGCUCUGCGACCCCCGCAGGCCGAAGCCGCAAAGAAGGACGCGGCCCCUACGCGGGGCCUGCUUUCUUCUUCUCCUCGGGCCACACCCUCUCCACCGGGUCCGGCGGCACGACUGGCACCUUCUCCCCACAUCCCAGCCGCUCCCCUGCCGGCUGUGCUCCCGCCCUCCCCACCGACCACGCCCCCUCCGCCAGCUUCGCUCCGUCUUCGGGCCCCGCCCUCCCCGCCGGCCACGCCCCACUCGCAGGAUCUCCCGGGUCCUUUGGCCACGCCCCUCCCUCUAGCCCCGCCUUCUCCCUCUGCUUCACUCUCUCUGCAGACCCUCCCCUCUCCGCCUGCCACGCCCCCUUUGCAAGCUCCACCCACACACCUGGGAACAGCCUUUCCAGAGGCAUCCGUCUGUCCCCUGGCCACAGCCGCUUCUCUGGCGCCAUCCUCUCCAUCAGUUUCACCCCCUUUGCAGAGCACGCCCCCUACCCAGGCUUCUCCUCCUGUGCCCUCUCUUCCGACUCUCCCCUCUCCCGUGGCCACGCCUCCUCUGUCGGCUUCCCUGCCACCUGUCACGCCUCCUCGACUAGCGCCUCUUUCUCCGGCAACGUUGCUGCUGAACCCGCCCUCUCCUCCAGCCUCGCCCCCUCUGCCAACCCUUCCUGCUCUGGCCACGCCCCCUCCACGGGCCGGUCCUUCCCUGUCCCCGCCCCUCCCCCAGGCCACGGCCCCCUCGCUGGCCGUGCCUCCCUCACGGGACCUUCCUCUUGUGGCCACACCCCCUCCGCAGGCCUGUCCCUCUCCUCUGACCACACUCUCUCCGCAGGGACCUCCAGUUUCUCCCGCUCUCUCGGCCUCACUGCAGGCCCCUCCUUCUCCACUAGGCACGCCCCCUACCCGGGCCACGCCCCCUCUGACCACGUCCCCUGUGCAGGCCCCUCCCUCUCCUGCGGCCUUGUCCUCUCCGCAGGCCUCGCUUUCUUUGGGGUCACCCGCUCGGCAGGCCACACCUCCUUUCCUGCCAACGCCCCCUAUGCAAAUCCAACCUUCCCUGACCUCGCUCCCUCUGCAGGCCCUUCCUCCCUCAGCCUCAACCUCUCCGCCGGCCCGUCUCUCUCCCCCUGCCUCACCCCCAAAAUCACCCUUGACCAGAUCCCCUCUGCAGGCUCCACCUUCUCUGGCUUUGUCUCCUCUGCAGGCUCCGCCCUCUUUUCCGACCACGCCCCAUCUGCAGGCUCCUCCCUCUCCCCCUGCCUCACCCCCUCUGCUGCAGGCCCCUAGGUCUCCUUUGGCCACGCCCCCUCCACAGGCCCCACCUGCCCUGAUUUUGCCCUCUCUGCCGGCCUCGCCUUCUCCCCUGACAACGCCCCCUAAUCCGGCCCCCCCUGCUCUGACCUUGCCGACUCUGCAGGCCCCUCCCUCUGCCCCUGCCUCACCCGCUCUGUCUCCUUUGGCCACGCCCCCUCCACAGAGCCCACCAGCUCUGGCCUUGCCGCCUCUGCAAGCCCCUUUCUCUCCUGCCUCACCACCUCUGCAGGCCCUUCUGUCUCCCUCUGCUUCACCGCCUCGGUCUCCUUUAGCCACGCCCCCUCCACAGACUCCACCUGCUCUGGCCUUGCCCACUCUGCAGGCCCCGCCCUCUCCCCUGGCCCCGCCCCACCCACAGGCCCCGCCUUCCUUGGUCUUGCCCCCUCUGCAGGCCCCUCCCUCUCCCCCUGCCUCACCACCUCUGCUGGCCCCACGCCGUCCCCCGACCCCGGGUCCGGACGCCUCCAUCUCGGGUCCGCGGCUGACCCUGGCGCUGGCCCCGGCGCCGCCGCCGCCGCCGUCGCGCAGCCCGUCCAGUACGCUGAGCGGCCCGGACCUGGCCGGCCACAGCAGCAGUGCCACCAGCACGCCCGAGGAGCUGCGCGGCUACGACAGUGGGCCCGAGGGCGGCGCUGCGGCCUCCCCGCCCGCCGACGCGGAGCUGGCCGCCUGCCACCCGGCCGCCUGGAGCCGAGGCCCCGCUCCGCCGCUGGCCCUCCGCGGCGUCCCAGGCGCGCCCCUGCACUGGCCUCCAGCUGCCGGGCCGGGCUCUGCUGACGGCCUCUGCACCAUCUACGAGGCCGAAGGGCCCGAGUCGGCGACCCCCGCCCCAGCCGAUCUGGACGCGGGGCCGGUGCCCGGCGCGGGCGGUGGGAAGGCGGCGGCCGGGGCGGGGGCGGGCGCCCCCUCCCGGAGCCCGAAGUCGGCGCGCCUGGGCGAGUUGCCGCUGGGGGCGCUGCAGGCGAGCGUCGUGCAGCACCUGCUGAGCCGGACGCUGCUGCUGGCUGCGGCGGAGGGUGCCGCGGGCGGCAGCGGUGGUGGCCCAGGGGGACCGGGGGGUGGUGGCGUCACAGGGGGCGCCCGGACUGCUCUCACCGACGCCGAACUGGGCCGCUGGGCCGAGCUGCUGUCUCCCCUGGACGAGUCCCGUGCCAGCAUCACCUCUGUCACCAGCUUCUCCCCGGACGACGUGGCCUCCCCGCAAGGUGACUGGACCGUAGUGGAAGUGGAGACCUUCCACUGAGCCAGCCCCCAGCCCCGCCUACAACACCCUGUCCCUGCCUUAGGAUCCGCCCCUCCGGUUAGCCUCUGUCUUAGACGCCCCCACUUCCCUGGAGCCCCGCAGUCGCCGUCAGGGGAUUGGCCUCAGCUUCGGAGAGACUGAGUCUUUAGACCUGGGCUCCAACCUUGCGUUUGGCCGAGGAGGCUCGGGACCCACCCACACCUUUGGCCUAGGACCUCCCCUCGGGCCCCGCCCCUUUGCCCUAGGACACGCCCCUGCUCCCCUCCAGUCCGGCCCCACUCCCCGGCUAGGCCCCGCCCCGCGUCCCAUGUAUUGUCCAACCCGCGCGGCCUGAGUUUGCAAUAAAACCGGGACACUGGAGCUUGC